AUGGGCGUAGGGGGAAAUCUUGUUGCCAUUCAAGCCAGCAGGAUGUCCACGUACCUUCACUGCUGGACUGUUCCUGGAUCUGUUCCCGUUACGAUGAGUGGAAACUGUCCCGGACCCUGUGCUACCCUCUGCUCCUCAGAUGUUAACUCCAAAUCGGCGAGAGUCCUGGUUCUCUUCGUGGUCCCGGGUCACCUGCUCUUCCUCUUCACCAUCCACCUGCUGCAGGGGGGCCACAUCGCCAUGACGACCACCUUCGUCAUCUGCUACCUGUGUGCAGCUCUGCUUCAGGUGGUGAUUCUGCUGAACGUGGCCGGCCUGAUGGUGCGCUGGCUCUGGAGAAGAGGUCUGGAUCCGGAUAACUUCUCCAUCCCGUACCUCACGGCUCUGGGAGACCUGCUGGGGACCGGCUUCCUGGCUCUGAGCUUCAGACUCAUCCAGAUGUUCAAUUCUUCUGGGACUUGAGUUUGAAACAGACUCCCUGAGGGCAUUGUUCUCUGUAUGCAAGUGGAUUAAACACACUUGCAACAAAGUCAUUAGGUUUGAGAAGGAAGGUGCUGAUUGAAAAACAAAGGAAGUUAGUAUGCUGUUAUAUUUGUGCCUCAAAACUGGGCAUCCAAAUUAGAUUUUCUUUCCUGAAAAAGGAUAGAAUUGUAUUUAUUUAUAGCAUUUUGCACGGAUAAACUGAGAUGAUUUUGCUCAGAAUAUGCCUUUGUGCUCUGGAUUGAGGCAAUGUGUAACUAUGUAGUGGAAAAAUUGCUGAAAACAAGACAGAAUAUGGUGAUGAAAGUGUGGACUUUUGAUUUCUAUAUUUGCUAAAUCACAGUGCAGUAGUUGUACUCUGAACCAACCGAUACCCUCCAGCUUUGCUCAGUAGAAACAACAAGUUGGAUUACUGUAGAACAGCUGUUACCUGUCGACACAUCUGUAAACCUAUUGUCAGUCCCUAUGGUUCAGGUGUUUUGUAGUGAGGUUGUAUGAGGUACUAAUCCAUAGUCAGUGUCUAACAGACAGUAGAGGUGGUCAGCAAGGUCAAAUAUGGAGAAGCAGACAAGAGUUACGGCACAUAAAUCAUUGCCACCUAAAAAACUAUUAUUUUAAAUGUAUGAUUUAAUAUCUUCACCUCUUUACCGACAGGGAACUGAACUGGUUUUCUUAAAAAGACCCUUAGACAGAGGGUGAAAACAGGUGUACAGGCAGUACGAGAACAAUAAAGAGCUUUUUAAACAUUAAAGCGUGGAGACAUGAGACACUACAUACACAUAUGAACCUAACCAUGUGCUUAAUAGGGCCCUUUGGAAGUGAUAUUGAUCAUUUUAGGCUGAAUUAGGUUUUUGUUAUGCUCCAUAUGUCCUCCUGUAAAUGUUUAAUGUACUGCGUCUUUAAAGCGCUUUACAAAACACACUUUCACCCACUGAUGGCAGAGACCACCAGACAAGGUGCCACAGUAGCUUAAGCUAACGUGUGUCCAUGCAUACUAUCUAGAGUUUGUGAGACAGAGGGAUCACA